UCGAAGCGAUAAGGAGAGUGACAGCCGCUCAGCCCGCCGGCUCACCCGACAACAGCUCUCGCUUCACUCGCCGGAGGGAAACAGAGCAGAGAUGACCACGGCGGCGGCGGCGGCGACGAUGCGUCUGUCUUCCCCCUUCAAGGCCCCGCCUCUCCGUCCUCCCUGCCACCGCGUCCUGCCAUCGAUGCGGGUCCCCAGGCGGGCCGGGCUGGCCGUCUCCGCGGCCGCCGCCGGGUCGCCCCCCACCGUGCUCGUCACCGGCGCCGGAGGACGGACAGGCCAAAUUGUGUACAAGAAGCUGAAGGAGAGGGCAGACCAAUUUGUUGCCAGAGGGCUAGUCAGGACGCCGGACAGCAAGGGUAAGAUAGGCGGCGGCGACGACGUGUUCAUCGGCGACAUUAGGGAUCCUGGGAGCAUUGCUCCGGCGAUCGACGGCAUCGACGCGCUCAUCAUCCUCACCAGUGGGGUCCCAAAGAUGAAGCCCGGGUUCGAUCCUAGCAAGGGCGGUCGGCCGGAGUUUUACUUCGAGGAAGGGUCUGAUCCCGAGCAGGUGGAUUGGAUAGGCCAAAAGAACCAAAUCGACGCUGCCAAGAGCAUUGGUGUAAAGCAGAUAGUUUUGGUUGGAUCCAUGGGCGGAACAGAUAUCAACCAUCCAUUAAACAAGCUUGGGAAUGGGAAUAUACUGGUGUGGAAACGGAAGGCAGAACAGUACCUAGCGGACUCUGGUCUACCAUACACAAUUAUAAGGGCUGGAGGACUACAAGACAAAGAUGGUGGUGUGCGUGAGUUGAUUGUUGGAAAGGAUGACGAAAUCUUGAAGACGGAAACAAAAACUAUUGCCAGGGCAGAUGUUGCAGAAGUUUGCAUACAGGCCUUGCUAUUUGAGGAAGCAAAGUUCAAGGCGUUUGAUCUGGCUUCAAAACCUGAAGGUGAAGGAACACCAACGACAGACUUUAAGUCUGUUUUUGCACAAAUUGCUACUCGCUUCUAAGAAGACAAGAUCAUUCUGGCCAAUGAAAUGGGGACAGUUUUUUUAAUUAUGCGAUAUGGACUUUGUACUGGGUCAGGAGGCUCCUCAUCUGAUCUGAGCAAGUAGCAAAAGUAGGGAAGCACACACCUUGGAUAUUAAGCAGCAGCAGUGGAUCCAAUGCUUUGAGAGAAGAGUAGCGAGGAUAAGUAGUGAGGUUGUAGUGUUGAUUUGAACUAAAUUUGUCGUUCCUGUACCUUCUGGCUUUGUUUCCAACGUCAUAAGAUUGUGACAGAGAAUGGUCCAGAUUACUAUGGCUUUGUUCCCAACGUUGAUUAGUUCUAGGCCCGGCCGAGCAUCAGACCUAUAAAAAAGGGUUUAUUAGGAGCGCUGGACUGGUUUUCAAUCAUUAUUAAGGUUCCUAAUUGAACUGUUAAAAAAUCCGAGGUAAUCGAAAAAAGGAGAUGCACUAUUCAAAGAA